AUGCGGGCCGAGAAGAUUCUGGUCCAGUCAGGCGCAUCUCAGUUUCUAUUGGAUGGAUCUCGAAGUUUCCAGCGUUAUCUAAUUCGUAUCCAUGUCGCCAAACGGUCACCAAGUUUGUCGUCAAGAUUUGGGAUUACAGGCUCGGCACCCGAGCAGCAUCCAAUACAGCAAGACAUUGAAAAGAAGCACCCAAAACUGAUUAAUCGCGAAGAGGUAUUUCAUCGUUGUAGUGAUGAACCACAUUUGACUUUGGCCACCUUCGGAAGUUGGAGUUUGGCUGAAAUACCCUCAAUUGUGCUUGACAAAGAGUAUAUCGAGACACUCAAUCUCCGAGAAAGACACACGGGGCAGGGACCACAGACACACACGGGGCAGGGACCACAGACACACACGGGGCAAGGACCACAGACACACACGGGGCAGGGACCACAGACACACACGGGGCAGGGACCACAGACACACACGGGGCAAGGACCACAGACCCACACGGGGCAAGGACCACAGACCCACACGGGGCAAGGACCACAGACCCACACGGGGCAAGGACCACAGACCCACACGGGGCAAGGACCACAGACCCACACGGGGCAAGGACCACAGACCCACACGGGGCAAGGACCACAGACCCACACGGGGCAAGGACCACAGACCCACACGGGGCAAGGACCACAGACCCACACGGGGCAAGGACCACAGACCCACACGGGGCAAGGACCACAGACACACACGGGGCAAGGACCACAGACACACACGGGGCAAGGACCACAGACACACACGGGGCAAGGACCACAGACACACACGGGGCAAGGACCACAGACACACACGGGGCAAGGACCACAGACACACACGGGGCAAGGACCACAGACACACACGGGGCAAGGACCACAGACACACACGGGGCAAGGACCACAGACACACACGGGGCAAGGACCACAGACACACACGGGGCAAGGACCACAGACACACACGGGGCAAGGACCACAGACACACACGGGGCAAGGACCACAGACACACACGGGGCAAGGACCACAGACACACACGGGGCAAGGACCACAGACACACACGGGGCAAGGACCACAGACACACACGGGGCAAGGACCACAGACACACACGGGGCAAGGACCACAGACACACACGGGGCAAGGACCACAGACACACACGGGGCAAGGACCACAGACACACACGGGGCAAGGACCACAGACACACACGGGGCAAGGACCACAGACACACACGGGGCAAGGACUUGAAGAUUUUUUCUUUUGA